CGGAGUGGAGUGAGGGCCGGGAGACCGAUCGGAGAGGUGUGAGGGCCGGGAGACCGAUCGGAGAGGUGUGAGGGCCGGGAGACCGAUCGGAGAGGUGUGAGGGCCGGGAGACCGAUCGGAGAGGUGUGAGGGCCGGGAGACCGAUCGGAGAGGUGUGAGGGCCGGGAGACCGAUCGGAGAGGUGUGGGGGCCGGGAGACCGAUCGGAGAGGUGUGAGGGCCGGGAGACCGAUCGGAGAGGUGUGAGGGCCGGGAGACCGAUCGGAGAGGUGUGAGGGCCGGGAGACCGAUCGGAGAGGUGUGAGGGCCGGGAGACCGAUCGGAGAGGUGUGAGGGCCGGGAGACUGGCCACCGGCUGUCUGUGGGACCACCUGUGACCGGGCCACCGCCGCUGAGUGACCCGGAGAGCCACGUCACGUCCGACUCAGAUAAUGGCUCAACCACAAGGUGUACCUGACCGCCAAUACCUGCUAAGGGUAUUUCAAAGUGUUGACAAAGACAGAAGCGGGCACAUUUCAUCCGUCGAGCUAGCCUCAGCGCUGUCCAAUGGAACCUGGCAGCCGUUCAACCCGGAGACUGUUCGACUCAUGAUAGUGUCGAUACUGACCGCAGCGGCACCAUAUCUGCCCACGAACUGCAGCGCGCCCUCUCCAAUGGCACGUGGAACCCCUUCAACCCGGAAACCGUGCGCAUCAUGAUCGGCAUGUUCGACCGCAACUCGUCGGGACAGAUCGACUUUGACGAGUUCGCCGCGCUCUGGAAGUACGUCACCGACUGGCAGGGCUGCUUCAGGAGCUUCGAUCGCGACGGCUCGGGAAACAUCGACCGCAACGAGCUGCGCAACGCGCUCACCACGUUCGGUUACCGGCUGAGCGAGCCCUUCAUCGGCAUACUGAUGCGCCGCUUCGACCGCAGCGGCAAGGGCGUCAUCCUGUUUGACGACUUCAUCCAGUGCUGCGUGGUGCUGCACACGCUGACGUCGGCCUUCCGUCAGCACGACACCGACAUGGACGGCGUCAUCACCAUCCAGUACGAGCAGUUCCUCACCAUGGUGCUCAGCCUCAAACUGUGAGCCCGCUCUCUGCCGGGCCAGCUACGCGGUCCGACCGCCGCGCGCGGCCCUCCGCCGGAACGUCCGGCACUCGCCUGACCCACUGCCAGGCCAGAGGGCGGUCACGGCGCGGCUACGACCCACUGCCAGGACAGAGGGCGGUCACGGCGCGGCUGCGACCCACUGCCAGGCCGGAGGGCGGUCACGGCGCGGCUGUGGGGCACGUGGCGGCGUGGCGCGGUAUCUGCGCGGCCCGUGGUGGGGACUACUGAACCUGCAGCGCCGUGUGCGGGGUGACGAGGACGGAGGUACGCGGAGAGGCUGGCGUUUGGUAAACGCGUCCCGGGGUUUCUUACUGAGACUUGUCGUGUCGAUGUGCGCCUGUUCUAAAUGUGACUGGGCGGUCCAUAUGGCCUUAUUAACGCGGGUGUCAGCAUCAGCUGCCAUCCGCAGACUGUUAAUCUUCGGUGUGAUUGUGUUGGAUGUUAUUGAGCCUUUCUGCCAUUCCAGUAUACAAUAUGCAAUGUGCAUGCUUCGGUGCUUUGAUAUAUUAUGUGUGCCAAUAGCCUUUGAUAAUUACUAUUUAAUCCGUCCUCCAGCUGAUGGCGGAUCACUUACCGCUUAAGCAUUAAGCGGUUGAAAAAGAUGGUUGUCAUUAAAACGGUAAGCCUGUCAUCCGUGCCAGGCAAGAGCGAUUGAGCUUUGUCGUCAACGAAUGCUGAGUGACUACGCGGUCCGCGGCCAUUUCAGGGGUGACGGCCCACUCACAGCUGUCGUACAGCGUCUGAGUCCCCGCAGUCGGGACGCCUCCCAUGUUGUGUGUAUUUAGGUGUGUGCCAUUCGAUACUGCGGGGUCGAGUGGUCACACCUUUCAAUCUCCCCUUACACGACCGUAAUCCAUUGCUGCCGCCCGAGUCUGAGGUAGGACACGCAAACGCAUCUUCUCAGUGCGUCUGGCCUCUCCAGUUCAAUCGCGCCUCCUAUUUGGUUUGCUUUCUCGUAUAUGGCAGGUUUUCAUACCUGCGGUAAAUGUCUAUAUUUCUGAUGAAUGUUGCAAUACAAAAUGACCGUGCA